GGGCGUCGACUUCGUUCUUGCUCGAUUGCGAACUUGCCACUGCUAUGGCUAGUGCUAAGCUCUCGAAACGUCCGAGAAAACCCUCCACGUGAAGUAUUCCGCCUCAAUUUGCUUCCGUGUCACAAAGUGUUUUUCCGUCACGAAUUGCAGCUGCGAAGCGGAUGGCGGAGCGGGACGAGCGACGCUUCGCCGAAGUGUCGCGGGAGUCCGUCAAGUUGAUGGCCGAGAGCGCCGGCGUGGAGCUCGACGACGACGUGGCCGCUCUGCUGGCCGAGGACGUGUGUUACCGGCUGAGGGAGGCCACGCAGUGCGGCUCUCAUUUCAUGAGACAUGCGAAGAGAAGGAAGCUGACAGUGGAAGACUUUAACAGAGCUCUGCGCUGGAGCAACGUGGAGGCCAUCUGCGGUUACGGCUCCCAAGAAGUGCUCCCUUUCCGCUCGGUGAAAGAAGGGGAGCUUUUCGUCAGCGAGGAGCGCGAGGUCAACCUGGUCGACUUGGCCCUGGCCACCAACAUUCCCAAGGGCUGCGCCGAGACCAUGGUUCGAGUGAGCGUGUCGUACCUGGACGGAAAAGGAAACGUGGAACCCCAAGGAACGGUUCCCUCGGCGGUCCAGUCGCUGUCGGAGGAGCUGCUCAAGUACUACCAGCAGGUCACGCGCGCCAUCCUGGGAGACGACCCCCACCUCAUGAAGGUGGCUCUGCUGGACCUGCGCUCCAACUCCAAAAUUGCUGCCUUGCUUCCAUACUUUGUUUACGUCAUCAGCGGGGUGAAGUCGGUGAGCCACGACCUGGAGCAGCUCAACAGGCUCCUGCACAUGGUGAAGAGCCUGGUCCAGAACCCCUACCUGUACCUGGGCUCGUACGUGCGCAGCCUGGUCUCCAGCGUCAUGUACUGCAUCCUGGAGCCCCUGGCCGCCUCCAUCAACCCGCUCAACGACCACUGGACCCUCAGGGACUACGCCGCCCUGCUCCUCAGCCACAUCCUCUGUCUUGCCCCGCCCGGCCGAUUUGCCUCCAGGACCCACGGCGAUCUGGUGAGUGGGCUGUACCACCAGAUUCUGCUGUCUCUCCAGAAGGUUCUGUCGGACCCCGUCAGACCGCUGUGCUCCCACUACGGCGCUGUGGUGGGCCUCCACGCGCUGGGAUGGAAGGCUGUCGAACGGGUUCUGUUCCCGCAUCUUCCCGCCUACUGGGCCAACCUGCAGGCUGUGCUAGACGACUACUCUGUGUCCAACGCUCAGGUCAAAGCAGAUGGACACAAGGUCUACGGGGCCAUCUUGGUGGCAGUAGAGCGCUUGCUGAAGAUGAAAGCGCUGGCGCUGUCCCAGCCGGCAGCCGGAGCGGACGGAGGCGCCGGUGCCCAUCCGGGCUCCGCCGCCGCCCAUCCGGGCUCCGCCGCCGCUCUGGGCUACGGGGUGAGCUCGCCCGCUCUCAGCCCGCCACCGGAACAUCUGUCCGAGGCCGCCCUGGGCAUCGCCAGCCACCUUCAGACGGGCGGCGCCGGGUGCCCGUGGGAGGACUGGGCCCCCGUCCCGCUGCCCGCCAUGUACUGCGAACUCUACUCCUUCUUCGGGGACAGCCUGGCCGUGCGCUUCAGCAGCGGGCCCGGCUUCGGCAGCGGGCCCGCUGCGGCAGCCGGCGACCCGGCGCAGCCCGGCGACGCCAGGAAGGACCCCCCGGGGCCCGCCUCCAAUCACGACACGGCGCGCAAGAUGCCCCAGCUCACAGCCAACCUGAGCAUCAGCCCCAGGCACGACGGCAGUCCUCGGACAGACCCGGCCCCGCCCAGCCUGGCCGCGACUGGAUCCGGAAGUGCUGUGGCCGGCUCCUCCUCUUCCUCGGUGGAGCGCUCGCGAUGGUCCGAAUCGCGGCCGGGCCAGCGGCAGGCGGGUCCGUCUCGCGACGUUUUCCCCAAAGCUCGCUUCAGCUCCCCUCAGGCGCGACCCCUCGACUUCUCCUUCCUCAUCGGCGGCAGACAAAUGGGCCGCAGUUGCCGGGGCCGUCGACCUUUCCAGACCGCCUUUGCCCUCACGCCGGCUCCGGCUGCCGUCCCGCCGCGCGCCUACGCCCCCAAGCUGCCCGUCAUCGGUCGGGUGGGAAAACCCGUUCGCCGUUGGGCGCGCUCCCACUAUUCUCUCCACCUUCCCCUUUAGGGCCACAUGGUGCGAGCUCUGUUGUACAUUUGCUCCCGGACAGAAUACUCGUCCACGUUCGACCAUUUGAGUUUUACAAACCGUAAUAAAUGGAAAGGUGUGUUUCACAGCUUUGACGUUUUCUUACAGGUCCUA